AUGGGUCUCCGCGACAUGCUUAAGAAGAAAGACCGGCUGAACCACGAGUAUUCAGCCGAUCAACACGCAACCGUCAACCAGCUCGCCGCUCCAGAAUUCACCUUCAUCCGCUCUGACACGCACUCGCAAGAGGUCAUCUAUCCUCCGCCUAGCCCGGACGUCGCAAAUGACGAGCGCGAUGCCUACCUGACCGCCAAGGACAGCAGCCAGAAGCCGCGCCGCAGCCUCGAUGUUUUCAAAGGGCGGAGGUCUAGGGGGAAUAGCCUCUCCUCUAAGGAGAGCGACGCUCCAAAGAGGGAGGGCACACAGAGACGCUUGAGUCAUCGCCUACAUCUGACCAGAAAACCGAGCACGUCAGAGUAUGUGCCCGAGAAUCUGCCACAAAUCAAGAUUGGCGACGACAGCGUGGACAAUGACGCGAAGGAAAGAGAUUGGGAAAAGAGAGCCACAAUCCUCGCACAGCAAAACUCACAGGCUCGUACCCGGUCUGCCUCCAUUACACCUUCGCCUAAUGAGAGGAGAACAGACCCCUUCGACAUGCAUGCGGUCAGAAGGAGCUUAGAGCACCAGAGGAACGCGGAGGCGGUGGUGUCUAGUAAGGCUAUAGACGACAAUAUCCAAGAGGCCAUCAGGUUGCACGAGGAGGGGCUUUUGGAACAAUCAACAAGCAUGUUUGGGAGAUUGGCAGAUCCAAAUGGCGCCAAUAACCCACUGAGCCAAGUCCUCUAUGGGCUUGCCUUGAGACACGGCUGGGGAUGUGAACCAAAUCUAGCACAGGCCGUUACGUAUCUGUCGGCCGCGGCAUCGAAUGCAGCUGAAGUUGAGAACCUUGCUCUCAAAGCGGGACUCAAGAAAGGAGGCGCCGCGAAGGGAGAAUUGGUUUUGGCCAUCUUCGAACUUGCGAAUUGCUUCCGUCAUGGCUGGGGAGUGCCGAAAGAUGCGGUUGCCGCAAAGAACUAUUACGAGACUGCUGCCAAUCUUGGUGAUUCGGAUGCCAUGAACGAAGCUGCUUGGUGCUAUCUCCAAGGUUUCGGAUGCAAAAAGGACAAGUUCCUUUCGGCGAAGUACUAUCGGCUGGCUGAAAAGGCCGGAAACAAGACUUUGGGCAAUACCUGGAUUUGGAAGGAGAAGUAUGACCCGGAUAAGCAGGGCAAAAAAUAA